ACAGAGCAAUUUCCUCUCUUUACUUUCACAGUGAUAGUGCAAAAUCCAGAAUGGAUGUCCUCUUUAUAGCCCUCCUUGUGGCACCACUUGUCCUGGGGCAGGAAUAUGAGGAUGAAGAACAGCUGGAAGAGGUUGAUUACUAUCAAGUGUCGUAUUAUUAUUACACAGUGACCCCUAAUUAUGAUGACUUUAAUGUAAACUUCACUGUCGAUUACUCCGCGUUUGAGUCAGAGGAUAGGUUGGACAGUUUGAAUGAGGAGGUAACAACAACAGAAGCGGUGGAGACUAGCGCUUCCUCGUACAGUCUUCAUACCGAACCUGUGGACCGUCAGAAUCCUGUAACCACGAGACCAGUGACCACGAAACCAGUGACCACGAAACCAGUAACUACAAAACAAGUGACUACAAAACAAGUGACCACAGAAUCAAGUCCAGAUCAGAAUGAUGCCAUGUCCGCUCUGCAGAGUCCUGUGUCCUGUCUUCUGUUAUGGAUCCUCCUUCAAGGAGGGGUGCAUUUUAUGUAGAAGGUGAGAGAAGGCUGCUAUGACUCUUCGAACUAGAAUUCUUUGGCAAGAAUUUGGAUGGAAAAUAAAAAAUUAGUUUUGCCUGCUUCUUAA